CCAUGACUUCGUUCUUCAUCAGCACGACUUAGUGGUCCUAUUAAAAAUACAUAUAAUAUAUUCAAUCACAAAAAUGGGCAACGCGUCCUACAGCGCUGGUGCAAGCAGCAUCGAUGAGGUGUGUGCUUUCGCGGAGUCUCUAGGGGUUCUCUGCUCUAGGCAAGUCGGUCUCGGAGAAGAAGCGGUUUGGGUGCCCAUCGUCUGCUCAACCGAAAUAUCUUUGCUGGACCUGUUUGAAUGCCUCAGAGACCAAGAUUUGGAACGUUUGCGGACACAUGGCAAUAAUCUAGAGCAUUUCUGUCGACAUCUGGUGACUGCCUUGGGGGCUUUGGUGGAUGGAGUUGAUACCACGACUUCGACUUCGACAAAUAAGACAAAUAAAAGUUCUUCAAUUAAAAAUAUAUACAAGGAGUUUCAAGCAGGAUGGCGCUUGAAAAGGAGGGGAGGUGCGACAGCAGGGUCGCCAGGACCUUCGAACAAAGCUGUUGUAGUAGGAGCUGCAAGUCGCGGCGCGCCGAAGCCAGAGGAGCUGAAAAGGGAUGUACUAGAUGCCCAUCUCACCUCCGCUCAAUCCCUUGUUGCUGCUAGAAUCCUCACUCGGGUUUUACCAUUCGUGUUACAAAAAGCAACUGAACAAGACAAUGGUCCGCCCUGUGAACAGACAUUGCUGUGGGGAGCAGCGGCUAUUGUGUCCCCCACUCCCUCUCCAGAAGCAGGAGGAACAUCAGCAGAAGAAAUAUUGCCUACAUCUACUUCACCUUCAAGACGCCGUUCGAACCCUGGUUUGCAGAUUGUGACUGCGUUGUCGUCAUCGUCGGUAGAUGGAGGAGGAGAGAGUUGUAGAUUGGGAUCGACGAAGGAAGAUGCGGGCGGGACAACAUCCGCGGCUGAUACGGCACUGGAAAACGCUGGUAACCCAAAUUAUCCUGCUGGUGUUCAUCUUGCAGGAACUCCUAGCAAAAUGAAUCGAGCUGCUGUUUCUGCUCUUGGCUGGGAGCUGCUGCAAAUUUUGUCCCGAUUGCUAUUUCUAGAGGACUUCACAGUCCGAGCGCCGGAUGGUAGUCAGCCUCUGCGGAGAAACCCGAAAUUGACUCCCAGUGAACGCGAAAGACUACGUACUUCUGGAUCGAGUUCGUUGGCGGGCACACCAAGAGCGGCGCGGACAAACGAGGAAGCAGGAAACACAGGCAAGGUGGACGAUGACAAUUCCAUUCUUAAGGGUACAAGAAAUCUCCCAUUUUUUUCAGAGGUACAAGAAAUCUCCCAUUUAUUUCAGAGGCAUCUUGGUCCCGUUUUCAUUUCUAACAUUCUCGUGCCUCAAUUCGAGCAAGUCGAUCCGCGCUUACUCUGGCGCGCAGGCGUUGGGGUGA